AUGGAUAUAUCAGAUAGUAUUGCGGAAUGGCACGAUAUUGUUUCACCACUACAUAAGAGCAUGAAUCGGAAUAGUAACAAAAGAAAACUUUCGGGAUCAAUCGCUGUCCCAAAUGAGGCGAAGAUACUGAAGAAAAUUGUCAAAGAGUCAACAUCGGAUGCUAGUGAUGAUGUAGAAAUAGCUCAGUCUUCCUCAGUGGAUCUUCAUUUUUCUCCCAGUGAAAUCGCAAAAAUCGUCCAGGAAUUAAGAACAAAAAUGCAACAAACAAAAAAAAACUUGUCGAAAAAGUUUCUCGGAUUCAAUGAUUUUGGUGAUAUAGAAAUGCCGCCAGGAGGAACAAAAGAGAUGCUCAAGACUGACUUACGCAGAUGUUUGAAAGAAGCGACAAUAUUAUCAACGAUGACUGUGUCAACUGCUCUUGAACUGUUGCAUGCUUUCUUGGAAGAAGGUCAUAGUGUCACAAUGGAUCCGACAUUUCCUAAAAAGCCACCGAAUGCCUUUUCAAUAUUUAUGCGAAAAGCGGGACACAGUAGAUUCUCAUCGAAUGUAAGUGCAUUCUGGAAUAAUGAAUCGAAUGCAGCCGAUAAAGAAGAAGCAAAGAAGGAAGCUCUAAAGUUAAUGGAAAAAUAUUUAUCAAAUUUACAUGUGUACAGAGAGGCACACCAAGAAUUAACGCUAGCACAUCGAAAUUAUGUAGACAAUGCAAUUUCGAUUGCACAGAAAGCCAUCAGUAAAUCAAAGGGGAUGAAAACAAAUAACAGCAGCAGGAAAUCUGUUAAGAAGAAAGAACCGAAAACUGCCUUCGAUCUUUUUGCAAUUAGUAUGGCCAAUAAAUAUAUUGAUUUGGAACCAGAAAAACGAGAAAAGAGACUGCGAAAGAAAUUUGAUAAACUGAGCGAAGGCGAGCGAGAAAUUUAUGACAAUUUGGCGGCAGCACUUUAG